ACCACAAUUCUUCUUUUAUAACAAAAUUCUUCCUUUAUAGAACAGGGGGACUGAGACAUGAUUAUUCAGUGAUACUAAUUCUGAGAUCAUCUCACUACUCGCUCAUAUCAUGACAUCCGCCCAAAAACCCGGCGAGGGGUAACCACCACCUCACCUCACCACACCACAAGCAAAAUACAUAUAUAUACUUACUACUUAUAAUAAUGAACAGGACAAACCCCCGCGGCAUCCCCUACGCCCCCUUCGUCGACAACGUAAACGACUACGUCUCCAACCGCUCCGAAGUCGAAUCCACUUUACGGUCCUUCCAAGAAAUGAUCUCCAAAUACCAAUUUAUGGAAAUGAACACUCAACGACGAAGUGUAGGUCUAAAAGAGAAGAUUCCCGAUAUCAAAAAGACGCUUGAUAUGGUUCGAUUUUUGAAAUUGAACCAGCAGAAUGCGUCGGAUGAGGAUGAUGAAGGGGCGAAAGAGAUUGAGACGCAUUUCGAGUUAAAUGAUACGUUGUAUGCGCGGGCGAAGAUAUCGACGAAGGAUACGGAGGAGGUUUAUCUGUGGCUUGGGGCGAAUGUUAUGCUUGCGUAUCCGAUCGAGGAGGCUGAGACGAUGUUAACGGAGAAAUUGUCGGCGGCGGAGUUGAGUCUUGCGAAUUGUGAGGAGGAUUUGGAGUUUUUGAGGGAGCAGAUUACUACACUUGAAGUCGCGACUGCAAGAGUGUAUAACUGGGAUGUGGUGCAGAGACGAAAGGAAAAGGCCGAGGGCAAGGAUGAUGAGGACAAGGAGGAGCCGGAUGGUUAAUUGAUACUCCAGGAUUUAUUUACUUGAGUACAGUACAUGGACCGAUAUCAAAUCGUAUUAUCCGUCAAAUGCAAUAAACAAAAACAAAACGCCCACGCCUGUCCUCACUUUUCGUCAACCCAUAGUUAAUAGGUACGGUAUCGUCAGUAGUAUCCGACCCGUGAGUCCGUGACAACAUAUCUAAACUCAAAAAAAAAAAAAAUCAAGCAGGCUGCUCAAAACCCCGUCUAAUAACUCUCCCAAACAUAUCCAUUCCAACCCUCUCACUCUUAAUCUCUGAUCGAGCCUCGUUCUCCCUGUUCUUAGGAACACGAACAAGAUCACCCUCCACCACCCAACCACAAACAUCGGUAACAAAUUUCUGAAGAGCUUCGCGACUCUUAAGAUCGAACCAUUGCGCAAGCGUAUCCGCACUGAUUUCACGGAACGUCUUCCCAACUUCCACCGCAAUGCGCACACGAACCAACUCCUCGAAUACGGCUACAUCAGCCACGAGAUCAGCGUACAAAUCAUCAGAGUUGAAAGUCGACCAGAACAAGGCGUAUUGUGCUGAUUCGAGUAAAGUGUUGAGAUGUGCCAGUUUUUGAAUUGAUUCGACAAAGUCCGAGGAUUGGGCGGCGUUAUCGUCCGAGAGGCCAAAGGGUUGGGUAUGUGCGGGGAGGAGGGCGAGGGAGAGCGAAAAGGCUGGGGAGGGGAAGACGGUGAGCGCUUUUGCGAGAAUGUUGGUUGUUGUUUCGGUUUGGAGGAGGUGGGGGUUGAAUUGGUAGCUGUUC